UCGCAUUUCCACGCUUCACCUCAGAGUCGCUCUCUCACCUCUCCGCCGUCAAACAGCUGCUCCGCAACCAGUUUGAUCUCUCUCUCACCCUCCAUCCCCCUCUCCUUUCCCUCUGUACCACAUCAGCAUCCACAACUCCACGGCAGACCGUGUCGAGCGAGGGCUGGCACAGACUUUGCCGCAUCCAUGGCGCUCCCUUUCCGCUCCCAGCGUCCCUUCUCGAUAUUAUCGUUAAAAUGAUAUAAGUGGGAACGUCUACGGCAGCGAACGGCUACUUUCACGCGUCGACGGCAUUCCAAAUGACUCUGUUUUGAAACUUUCCCAGCCCUCGUUUACCCGCUCCCAAUACCUUGUUUUGUCUCUUUCUGUUCAUAUAUUUUCCCCCCAAAGAUUGCAUUCUUGCCCAAGACCUAUAUGGAUGGGGCGGUCGCCGGUGUGAUGUCGCCGACUGUCCGAGCACCAAGUCGGCCACUGCGUGUGAAGAUCGGUCGGAGCAAGAUAAAGACGAGAAGGAGAAAGCGAAAGGAGUUGUUUUUCAUACAGAUGUGCUUUCUGGGGGGGUUGCUUCUGGCCGUAACGGGUUUGUCCUGCCUGGCAGAAAACACAGGUUUCCUUAUGUCUGGUCACACCGCUGAAGAGCGCCACCUAUGGGGGAGGCGGAGGCUACUGCAGGAGCUGGACAGCAACGUCACGGAGGAGCAGGAGCACUCCAAAAACUGCACAGAGCCCGCCCUGCACGAGUUCCCCACAGACCUCUUCUCGCACAAGGAGCGCACAGAGGGAGCCGUGGCAUUGCACGUCCUGGGUGCCAUGUACAUGUUCUACGCCCUGGCCCUGGUCUGCGAUGACUACUUCGUUCCCUCCCUGGAGAAGAUCAGCGAGCGCCUGCAGCUCAGCGAGGAUGUGGCGGGGGCUACCUUUAUGGCCGCCGGCAGCUCCGCCCCCGAGCUCUUCACCUCCGUCAUCGGUGUUUUCAUCACCAAGGGUGACGUUGGCGUGGGAACCAUCGUGGGCUCAGCAGUCUUCAACGUCCUCUGCAUCAUUGGGGUGUGUGGCAUCUUUGCAGGCCAGGCCGUGCGGCUCUCCAAGUGGACGCUGAUGAGGGACUCUGCCUUCUACACGCUGUCCGUGGCAGCUCUCAUCGCGUUCAUCCAUGAUGAGAAGGUCUCCUGGUGGGAGUCCCUGGUCUUGGUUGUGAUGUACCUGGUUUACAUUCUGAUGAUGAAGUUCAACUCCCGUGCUCACCGCUAUUUUGAGAGGCGGAAGAGGAGCACAGUGAACCUGGCCAACGGGAUGACCAGCAACCCGGACAUUGACGAGGCCGGCUGUGAUGCCACUGCAGUGCUGCUCAAGAAAGCUAACUUCCACUGUAGGCCCUCCGUGCUGAUGGUGGACGAGCUCCUCUCGGCCUACCCCCACCAGCUGUCCUUCUCUGAGGCCGGCAUGCGCAUCAUGAUCACCAGCCACUUCUCCCCCCGCACACGCCUCACCAUGGCCUCUCGCAUGCUCAUCAUGGAGAGGCAGCGACUCAGCAACUGCAGGCCCAUCAGUAAUGGCGACUCGGAGGGCGUGGUCAGGGCCCUGGGCAGGCGAGGCCUGGAGAACGGCCUGAGCGGGCCAGAGAGGGGCUUCAACGGGCACGGAAAGCGGCAGGGCGAGGACGAGGGCGGCGGAGUGGAGGCCGGCAACGACACGGAGAACGAGGACAACGAGAACAACGAGAACGACGGGGAGGAGGAAGAGGAGGAGGAGGAAGAUGACAACGAAGGACCUUUACAGCCUUUUCAUGUCCCAUCCGGGGUCUGUAACAAGGUGAAGUGGGUGACGGCCUGGCCGCUCUGCCUGCUGCUGUUCUUCACCGUGCCCAACUGCGCCAACCCGCGCUGGGAGCGCUGGUUCAUGGUGACCUUCGUCAACUCCACCAUCUGGAUCGCCUCCUUCUCCUACGUCAUGGUGUGGAUGGUGACUGUGAUUGGCUACACGUUGGGCAUCCCCGAUGUCAUCAUGGGCAUCACCUUCCUGGCAGCUGGCACCAGCGUCCCCGACUGCAUGGCCAGCCUGAUUGUGGCGCGUCAGGGUCUUGGCGACAUGGCCGUCUCCAAUUCCAUUGGCAGCAAUGUGUUUGACAUCCUGAUGGGGCUGGGCUUGCCCUGGGCGCUGCAAACCUUGGCCGUUGACUAUGGAUCCUAUAUUCAUCUGAACAGCAAAGGACUCAUCUUCUCUGUUGCCCUGCUGCUGGCUUCCGUUUUCCUCACCGUUCUGGGUGUGCACCUCAACAAAUGGACCCUGGACCGUCGACUGGGCAUCAUGUGCAUGCUGAUGUACGCUGUCUUCCUGUGCUUUUCCAUCCUCAUCGAGUUCAACGUCUUUAUCUUCGUCAACCUGCCAAUGUGUCGCGAGGUUCUGAUCUGAAGGUUGACGGGCCGCCCCCUCCUCCAGCCCCGCCCCCCGAUCCAGGAAGAUGGCUGCCCGCAUCUAAGUACCGGCAACGCGGAUCUUCUGUUGUGUUUAUUUGUGUUACUUUAAGUGAUCUGGGAUUAAUCCUCGGUGCAAUAUGACCAGAAGUCCGCCCCCUGGUGGGCGAAAGGAGAAUGGCGGGUGCAGGAAACAGGAGUCUGAGGAGUCAAACCACACAGGAGGAUGACAUUACCUCCACUAACUCCUGCUUCGGUGUGGACUGAAACAUUUUAGAAUUUUGUAUGGAUGGAACUUUCUUACUGCAAUCAUCACAACUAUAUUUUGCAAUUAGAUUUUUUUUGUAGGCUGCUAACUGGUUGAGGAAAACUCAGUCUGAACAUAAUGGUAUACUUGAUUAUUAUGACGAGUAAGAUAUACAGGAUGACAGUGACUUUUUCAAUAGUAUGGUUUAUUAUUAUCAUUAUUUUUGUCAGUAGGUCACGUUUGUGACAGUAUGAAAGGUACAGGUGACCUGAUACAAAUAUUUCUAGACAGCGUCAGUGUGUCUAAAGUAGCCCUUUGGCGCCCUCUUCCUGUUAACCGCAGCAUUGCAGCCUUCCAACUGAGCUAAGCUCCCGCAGCAGGUGAGCCAGGUUAGUUGGUGCAUCCUGGGUAAUGGUGUGACACUGGUUGGAUGGCUCACUUGAGGCUAGCUGGCUGCAGCCAGGGCGUGGUUUCCGAGGCAACCAACGCUGCUGUUCAAAAUGCAGCUGUACAGGGCAGCAUUGACUCUAAAUGUUUGCCAGUAGCCUGGCUGUAACAAACUGUCAUGGCCAGUAAUGUAGAUUUGUAGUUUCCUUUUUGGUUUUGCUCUCCUCUCUUAGCCUUGCUAUGAGGCACAGUAUUUAUUAAUUUAUUAAAAACUAUUUAUGUCCUUGAUCUCGCUUGUUUUUUUUUCCCCCUAAAGUAACCAGUCCCCUCUGAAAGCUGUCCCAAAGACGAGAUCUCUCUGCAGUUUAAGUCUCGCACUGUCACUUUAUUGUACAGAGGUUUUUAUGCAACGGAUUUGUAGGACAUGGCUUGUGACGUCCCUGUUUCUGCCUGUAUAAUAACUCUUUUAACCUUUAUGACGUUUCACUAGCAUCCAGAUUCUCUGCUGUCUGUAACUCUGGACUGUGGCACACUACUUUUUCCAAAACACGUCUGCAGAAAGGAGAGUAAGUCUAUGAUGUAAUACAAGCUGCCAGGCAUUAACUAGUAUCUCUGCCCGGCAACCAGUAUCUGUUAAAUAGCAUCUCAGCGGGAGUGGUACCCGGGAGUACCCGUUCAUGGGUGCUUGCCCCCCCUUUGCAGAGAUAGACCUGCUUGAAGAACUAGUCAGAAUCUCUGCCUGCUUUCGAACAGGAUUCCUCUUCUUUUUAAGUUCAGCGCUCCAGGGACUAAUAUUGUACUGCAAAAGUACAAUAUUCAGAUUCACAUUUUCCUAGACUGCUGGUCUCCUAUCGCUCUGUCUUUUUUAGGAUUAAAUGAUUUUUAGUGAAAGAAUAUGUAUUAUGUAUUGUUAUAAAGCAUAUCUAGGAAUAUAAUUCAUGUUUGGUGAAUUGUCUAGAUUAUUGGCACAUUAUUGGGGAAUGUCGUAAAAGCUGUCAGUAGAAAUUACAAGUAUUUCUGUGAAUAAUUGUUUUAAAUUUUAAAAAAAUUGUUGCCAUUUGAUAAUGAAAAAUUAGAAGUACUUUCUGCUGAUAUGUAGUUUUUGCUUUUAAAACAAUUACCCUCUGCUCUCCUGUUAUAGAAUGUAAACACUUGAUUCAUACAUUUGCUUCUCAUGCAUGAUUACCAUAAGUUAACUUUUGCUUGGAGAGUCAUCAAAACUAUUCCUUAAUAAUUUUCCCCCAUGCAAAAUGCAAAACUGAUCCAGAACAAGUUUUAAUAGCAUGUUAUUAAUCUUGUAAGUCAAAAUAUGUCCUGUCAACUAAGAAGAAAAAUAAGUAAGGAUCAGCAUGAAAAUAUGGCCAUUGAAAUAAACCCAAGAGCAAUAUCCUACAUAUCACCUGAUAAACACAGGCAUUGCGUACAUUUGAUAAGUAACCUUUAACCUACAUGCAAUAUGUCAUUAUAAAUCAUAGUGGUUAGCAAUAAUUUAUGUAUACUAAAAGACAUUGCCAAAAUAAAUAUACAAUAAUUUACCUGGUCCAUAUACUAAUCAACUGGGACUUUUUGCCCCCAAUAUUACCAUGGAAAUCGAUACAUUAGCCUAAGACUUAAUAUUCUUCAUUAAAUCAAUUACAGUUAUAUAAUGUACUAGUUAACUAACACUCAUCUGUUUUGCCUCCAGAGGGCAGUGUGGUUGCGCAGUGGUUAGCAGAGUUACGUCACGCUCCUGGCUAGACUCGAGUGCGUUUUUCAUCAUCUCGCUCUGUCACCGUAGGCUUCCACCAGUUUCCCCCCACAGUCCAAAAACAUGCUAAGGUGAAUUUGAGUUGCUAAAUUGCCUGUAGGUGUGAAUGGUGCGCGUGCCCUGCUAUGGGUUGGUGCCCCAUCCUGGGUUAUUUCCGGCCUUGCACCUGUACUUUCCAGGAUAGGCUCUGGACCCUCGUGGCCCUGAAUAAGACAAUCAGAUACAGAAAAUGGAUGUCUGCAUCCAAUUUCUCUCUACUAGAGCUCAUCCAGAACCUUGGCUUUGAAUUACCUCUCCAUUUUUUGCAAAAGUGGUCUUUCCUCCGAUUUACAGUGUUUUCAAACACACGCAUCUAAAACUUUAAUUCAUAUUAACAUUUCUUGGAUAACUAAAUAUUAUUGCUGUUAACACAGGGGACAGCACAGCUUAACAAUGAACAUAAAAGCAAAAACUGCUCUCAGAUCAGCUAAUUUGUGUGGCACUGUGCGAAACAGUGUAUGUGCAUUUUAGACUUAGACCAGUAGGGGUCAGUGCAGUACCGUGUAUUGUAUGGAUUAACCGUAGGUUGCAUUAUUGUUUUGGAUUGUCAUAGAAUAGGUUUACGUUUGUGUACAAUGCAUUUCGAUACUCGUAUAAGUGCGUGUGAAGCACAACAGAUUUAAUUUUUUGAGGGAUUGUUUUCUUACGUGUAGACUUGUCUUGAAUCCAGUAUAAUACAGUGCCGGGAACUCGGCUUUGACGCAGCUGUUCAUAGCUGGAUUUAAACAAGUUGGACUGAACACUGACAGUACGCUAUGUGUAUGAUGGCACUGAAUUUCGUUAUAUAUAAAUAUAUGUACAUAUAAACGUAUAUACAUAUAUAGACUUAAUCUGUAUAUUUUUGCUAUUCCGUUUUCUUCAGAAUGAUCCUCAUAAUUCUUUCCUUGUCGGUUCUGCUAGAUUGAGCAGUUGUGCGGAUUUUGUGGUGACUCGCCUUUUUAGUCAGUAGAAAUGAAAAUCAGAAGACAGCAAUAGCUUGCGGGUAUUUGGCCUGCCGAUGUUCAGCAUUGAAUCUAAUCGGAUGUAUCACCACAUGUCUUCUGCUAUAUUGAACAUGUAUGCGUCUCAUGGCACCUGAAUUUUAAGGAGGUCGUCUUAAUCACUAGGCUUUCCAUUCCUAGGCCCGAUGAGGUCCUGUGGGCUUAAGGGUUGCAAAUGUAAACUUUGCGAAAUGUAAUUAAGGAAAUGACUGAUGAUAAACAGUCAGACUAAAUAUCAGCGAGACACGGCAAUUAGGUGGAAGUUAUGCAACAAGGAAGUUUUUUUAAGGAUGAGGGUACACACAGCAGCAUGAGGACAGGCUAAGGAAUGCCACAGUGUAUCCAAACGUCCUUUUUAGACGGGUAUAGAACUCACUGCUUUAUUUACCUCUAUCAGGUCACUCAAUUAUUCACAAAUAUAUAGCAAAUUGGCUUUUCAGAGAUACUAGUUAAGGACACUCAAUAAAUAUUAACAAUUAUAGGGAUAUGGGAGAAUGACUUACAAGCCUGAUCUUCCUGCAUGCUAUAUGUAACGACUAGGAUUGACUUGAGUUAAAGCCAAUUAUGUUUUAUUUCUCAUUACUUAUGCAGGUUUUGCUGUUUACCUUGUACAAUUUUUGUUUUAAGAUGCUGAAAGAUUUUCAGUAGGCCUAAUAUUUUUAAUUACUCUAAGUAGCCUACUACUACAAGUAAGGACGCUUACGUUGAACACAUUUGUUCAUCAACGUGGCUGUGGUGUAAUUUGAGACUUUUCAGUUUAAAUUCUGAAACUGAAUAUUGCCUUCAUUGCAAGAAUUUUGAUACAGAUCACUUUUUUUGACAAUGAUUCAUUUUAAACGCACAGUCAGUUUCAGGAACCAUGUAAAAUAAAGAUUCGUAUGCAUUUGUAAUAUUCUUUGGAAACAACGUAUUUUUGACAACAAGGAAGCAUUGGGGGUUGGUUUGACUCGCAGUGUUUAUACUUUGAAAAGCAUCUAUCCGUACUAAAGCGAAUAAGCCAGCCUUCUCUCACCUGUGCCACCAGGUAGGACUUGAUUCAGAGCCGCAGUUUAUGUCCUGAGGUGGGACUGUGGUUUAGGGACAGAUCGGCUCAUGAUGGAAAUGUGUCCUUUGCUGGGUCAUGCGCUGCUUGUGUGGUAUUUUCACCUCGUGUGAAAUCCAGCAGCCAACUGUAUGGAGAUUGUCAGGAAGUCUGAAGGACAUCUAAUUAACUUAUGAGGUUGCGCAUGUCAUACACUUUACCCUGGUAAACUUUAAGCAGGGUGCAUACUCUUCCAGAGUUUAGUGGACUUUACAUGAGUAUUCAGGGCUCAUUUGUAUGGUAUCUGACAGGUGUUUGAGGAAAUUCUGCAGCCAUUUUUUCACCGGAACAGAGAACUUUUAGCUUUUUGGUGUUGCUCCUUUUGUAUUUAAUCCCAGGUUCAAAUUGAAAAAUGUACCAUAGUAUGUAUUUUAUAGAAAGUCUGGUUCUUGCAAAGAUUUCUUUUAAGAGAUUUAUAUGUUGAAUCCAGCAUUUUACGCAAAUGUAUUUGCGGAGCACAAGGGAACAGAGUAUAAAAUGUAAGUGCAUGUUUUAUGUUGAAAAACGUUAUGUUUGUGUAUAUAUUUUAGGAACUUUAACAAUGGAGAUAUUUGAUGAUGUAUAUAUCUGAAAUAUAUAAGACAUGAGAUAAGAAUGUCAUAGAAAUGUCUGAAUAAAAGCAUUUUAAAGAAAUAUCUAGAAUGUCAGUAAAUUGAUAGUUUUGAAUAAUCCGAUGUAAUUUUAAUCUUCGUUUCUUUGCAACUGUGAAAGAUUGGGGAUUGUUUGUGAAUCUUAAACAUCUCGAAGACUCCUGAUAAGAUGUGUUUCACAUCGAUGCACAGAUAUUUUGUUCUUCUCAGCAGUCUUCUGGCAAUAAAACCGAUGUAUAUACAG